UUCACAGGCUCAGGUGAGCGGUCAGAGGUAUCAGACUAAAGCCAGGACUAACGUUAGCACUCUCGCUGUGGCAUGGAGCUGAUGAACCAGGACGUUGUGGCCAGGAAUGGACCCUCCGAGGGGGCACCGAAACGCGGACAUGGGAUGGCCGAGGUGCAGAUGUGCCAGUCCAUCCUGCCAUGCCACGCCAACCACCUGGGAGAACUGGGUGCCGGGCAGCUACUGAAGUGGAUGGACACCAUUGCAUGUCUGGCAGCCGAGAGGCAUGCAGGGAUGCCAUGUGUCACAGCCUCCAUGGAUGACAUCCGAUUUGAAGAGACAGUAAGGGUUGGUCAAAUCAUCAACAUCAAAGCCAGAGUAAACAGAGCGUUCAACACGAGUAUGGAGGUGGGCAUCUGUGUCUCAGUACAGGAUGUGAUGAGUGGCGUUUUGAAGCGGGUGUGCGUUGCCUUCUCCACCUUCGUUGGCAAGCCAGUGGGAGAACGAAAGGUGCGCCUAAGGCCAGUUGACUUCCUGAACUCGGCAGAGGAGCGACUAGAACAUUCAUUGGCCUCCGAAAGACGGCGCCUCCGCCUUUACAACGAGGAGGCUUUCAACAACCUCAUGGUGGACUACUACGCCCUCAAAGACAAGGGUGUGAGCCAAAGGAAAGACUCCAGUCCAACCCAGAGAAUAUCAACAGAGUGCACCCGAGUUGAGAGCAUUGAACUCGUCCUUCCUCCACAUGCCAAUCACCAUGGUAACACAUUCGGAGGACAGAUUAUGGCCUGGAUGGAAAAUGUAGCUACAGUGGCGGCAAGUCGGCUAUGUGGAACAUACCCCUCUCUGAAAGCUGUGGACAUGUUCCAGUUUAGGGGUCCGUCUGCUGUAGGGGACAGACUGGUGUUCAAGGCAAUGGUCAACAACUCUUUUCAGUCCAGUGUGGAGGUUGGGGUGCGGGUGGAAGCUUACAACUGUGAGGAGUGGACCCAGGGAACGCCAAGGCACAUUAACAGCGCUUUCUUCCGCUACCAGAGGACCAACGAGGGCCACAUGCUGACCUUCCCAGAGGUCAUUUUUACCACGCAGGAUGGAGAGAGAAGAUAUCUGUCUGCCAUUGUGAGAAAGAGGAUUCGCAUGGCUAGAAAGCACAUUCUAUACUCCAGAGAUGAAGGACCUCUGUCAGUCCCUUGGGACAAAAGUAAUCAGGUAUACUUGGGGUACAACAAUGUAGCAGCCCUGACAGUAUUGGCAGGAAAACCAACAUGGGAGGCCAGCAGUGUCAACAAUAAGAUAGGUGUGUUUGUGUUGGAGGAGCUGGACUCCAUCUGUAUAAAGGUGGAGAUGGAGGUGGACACGUCACCCUUCCAUGCCUUCUCCUUGCUGUCUGACCUGCGCUUGAGGCCACUCUGGGACAAGCACUACCUGAGUUGUGAGGAAGUGGAUAAAGCUGAUGAAGAGGAGACUGUGUACCACAUCAAAUGUAGCCCCUUAAAUGGAAACCUCAUCUCUGAUUUUGUACUUCUUCUGUCUAAAAGGCAACCUUGCAAAGACAGAGACCCUUAUGUGAUUGCACUGCGCUCUGUAACAACGGAGAAGCUACCCCCUGCUGAAAACAGCACUCGCAGUGAAGUCAAAUGUGCAGGUUUCAUCAUACAAAGAAUCUCUCAUUCCACCAGCAAGGUGUCUUACUACAACCAGGUGUCUUCUGGUGUGCUACCUUUUGUAGAGGGCAACCUGGCAGGCUGGUCAAAGUCCAUGGAAGAAACAGCUAGAUCCUGCAUAACAUUUCUAGAGCUUGACACAAUCUCAACUGCCUUUUAG